AUGAGAUUCACGAAACCAGCGUGGGUAAUACACAAAGAUGCAAUGAUGAAGGGAGAGCAAUCAAAGCGUCUAUCCAUUUUCUCUGUUCACGUUCAUCCCGACGGUUCCCGAAUUGCUACAGGAGGUCUUGACGCAAAAGUCCGCAUAUGGAGCACGAAACCUAUACUGAAUAGCGCAUCUGAGCUGUCUGGCCGUCCCCCAAAGUCGCUGUGCACGCUGCAGAUGCAUACAGGUCCGGUUCUGGUAGUGCGGUGGGCGCAUUCUGGGAGGUGGCUUGCCAGUGGGAGUGACGACGAAAUUGUCAUGAUUUGGGACCUCGAUCCAACAGCUAGAGGGAAAGUCUGGGGCUCAGACGAAGUGAAUGUAGAAGGCUGGAAGCCUUUGAAGCGACUGCCAGGGCACGAAAGUGAUGUAACAGACGUAUCUUGGUCUCCAGGAGAUCGUUAUCUUGCAACUGUGGGGCUCGAUUCACAAGUUCUGAUCUGGUGUGGGUAUACCCUCGAGCGACUUCGCAAGAUUGACCAGCAUCAAGGAUUUGUCAAGGGUGUAUGCUGGGAUCCCGUUGGAGAAUUUCUCGCCACAGGCUCAGACGAUAGAUCCGUUCGAAUAUGGAGGACUACUGACUGGCACUUGGAGGCGGAAAUCAGAAAACCUUUCGAUCAUUCUCCCGGCACCUUUUUCAGGCGUCUGAGCUGGUCUCCAGAUGGAGCACAUAUAACCGCAUCGAAUGCUACGAAUAACGAGGGUUACGUGUUCAUUGCCGCCGUCAUUUCUCGGAACACAUGGACGUCGGAGAUCAGCCUCGUUGGCCAUGAAAAUACUGUGGAAGUGGCUGCAUAUAACCCACACAUAUUUUUGCGCGAUCCAUUUCUGCCCGUCGUCGCGUCGAAUAUUUGCUCUGUGGUUGCUCUUGGUGCUGACGAUCGAGCCGUCUCUGUAUGGCAGACCAAGUCAGCCAGGCCUCUCAUUGUAGCCAAGGAAGUCUUCGAAAGGCAGAUUAUGGAUUUAAGUUGGGCUCAAGAUGGUCUCACGCUAUACGCAGUAUCAUCAGAUGGAACAAUGGCAGUAUUCAGCUUUGAUGCGGAUGAGCUCGAAGGCAUUGCACCGCUUUCUGCACAAGAACAAUACUUGAAGAAAUUCGGAUUUACACCUCCACCACUCCCCGAAGGAUACUCACACCCAAUUCCAGUGCAACAUCCUGUCUUGCAGAAGGCGAUAUCUACGCGGAUCACGCCUCCUCCCUCGCCUUCGCGCCCUCAAACGCAAGUUCCACCACAUCACGUGCACUCACAGAGUGAUUUUGGCGUGACCAUCAACGGCUCAGGCUGCGGCGAGCACGUAAACACACUCGUGGCGAAGAGGAAGAAAGACAAGAAACGGAUACAGCCCAAUUUCGUUGGCUCUCUCGCGGGCUCUGUGCCGUCUGCAGCGAAUGAGGCUGCACCUCCAGGAGGAAUAAGCGCCCCCAGCAGCGUGGCCGCCCCGAGUACACGUUCUUUCGGCGAGGUCCCCGGCGCUUCUUCGUCGGUCCCUCUGCCCCCACCGCUUUCCUUCGCUGCACCAGGUCAGUCGUUCGGCAGCAGCACGAGCGCCUUCGGUCUUGAGUCCACUGUGAGUGAGGAUGUGGAGAUGUUCCCCAUGGAUAGCAGCGAGGUACGCAUCAGCUCUCUCGAUACCAGCGGACAGGUGGGCGGGAAGGGGAAGAGGAAGGCGAUUGAUGUCAUGGACGAUCGCGUCCCCAGCAAGCCGCGGACCCUCGGCGGAGAUCGCGUCCGGGAAACAGUUCAAGUCCGCGAGAUCGCAAGUGGUGGUACCGGCCUUGCUGUUCAGGGCAGCGCCCUGGGGUUAUGGAACGAACAGCCGAAUCUCGCCGGGAGACUAGAGGUUCCACCUCUACUGACGUAUUUGAAGGUAACAGUCGAGGGAAAUGAAGAUAUCUUCGAAGGGCGCAACCCCGAGGGAGAUGGUUCCGCUGAGGUUCUGUAUGUCAACGGGAGGCAGACACAGUGGCUGGAUUAUCUACCUUCACCUGUCCUAGCGCUCGCGGCUACCACGGUCUUCUGUGCUGUUGCGAUGCAAGACGGAUCCGUGAAUGUGUACUCGCCCACUGGCCGAAGGCUGAUGCCCACUUUGAGCAUUGGCGUACCAUGCUCAUGCCUUAGUGGAAGCAAGGGUUCGUUGAUGCUCUUGACAUCGACAGGUCAACUGCACGUCUGGAACGUGAAGAAGCAGAGAGCGACUUUCCCGCCAGUGUCUCUGUUGCCCAUCCUAGGAUCCUCUCCGAAUUGCACAAUCCUCUCAGCGUCAGUCCGACCCAAUGGCGUGCCUGUAAUUCAACUGUCAUCUGGAGUGGCGCAUUCCUAUGAUCCUGGGCUGUCAUCGUGGGUUAAGCUUAGCGAUAUGUGGUGGGCCGAAGGGUCUGAUGCCUGGCAGGGCCGCCAGCGCACGAGCAGCUCUAACAACCGCGGCGUAAUCAGUGUUGUAGAGAGCGCAAUCAGCGAGCGAGUGGACGACCAGAGUGUGGCGGGGAAGCAGCGCCCACCGUGGUGGAACGCAGCGCUGACGCUGGGCCAUUUGGAGACGAAGCUGCAUGCGGCAAAGGCACUGGACAGUCCACAUGAAUAUAAGCAAGCGUUGCUGCUGUAUGCGAAGAAGAUCGCAGAUGAAGCCUUCAGGGGAAAGGCGGAGGAACUUGUCAAGGAGCUCUUUGGGCCUGUCUAUUGGCGUCCGGGCCGGGAGGACUCGUGGUCCCCAACGUUAUUGGGCUUCUCAAAGCGCGAUCUCCUGAAGGAUGUACUUGCAGUCUUUGCUCGAAGCAAGACACUGACGAAGCUAGCUAUGGACUGGCAAGACAUGCUGAAGAAGGCGUCGAGCGAGGAAUGA